AAGACAUCUGCCUGUCUGUCUGUUUGAGUUGGAAAGCAUGGCGGAAUCGCAUGCUCUGAAAGAGAUACCUUUUGCUGUUCAGUCUGGAAAGCUAGGUAUACGAAAACAAGUAUUCCUGCAGCUUGAAGAAGUUACUAAAAAAAAUGCUCAACCCCAUGCAAUUAAAGGUAUUUGUAAAUUGUUGCAAAUCACAUUGCCUCGUUAUGCAGAUCGAAAAUCUACCCAAAUUGUUGACAAUUAUGUCAAAACAUUGGUUCAGAGCCAACCAUCCAGUAUAUCCUACAUGAUCAAGACGAUUGCUGAUGUUGCUGAAACUUACAAAAAUGUACACUCAACAAAGGCGGUUGCACAUAUUUGUUAUGCUGCAUUAAGUUGGUCUUGCCACGUAGCUGAAGCUAUUUUUGGUGGAACUGAAAGUGGUACUCAGGAGACUCAACUAUUAUUAUCCAGCCAAGCUGUUUUGAUGUAUUCCAUCACAGGAGCUCAGAGUAAUUUUCUGAAUCGAAAAGCUUUUAAAUGUCUGACAAAUUUAUGGAAAAAGAAUUCAAAAACUGUGGAAGAGUAUAUUGCAUGUUUAAAGAAUUUACCAGAAAAUUUAUCAUCUGUAGUCUUUGUUGGAUUUUUUGGAAAAUAUUUGGUAGAAGCAAAGUUGAAACAGAGUUUACUUAAUAUGAAG